AUGGCCAUAAACCUGUCUUGCCACCAAGAGGUAUGCAGUCGUGACGGGGUCGAAAUAUGCAGGAAAUUAGCUUCGAGUGGAGUGGCCGUGGUCUUGACUGCAAGAGACGAGAAGAGAGGCCUUCAGGCAGCUCAAGAACUUGGGAACGACGCCGGCCUAUCGGCCAAGCCUGAUAGCGUGGUAAACGAUGCAGGACUUGGUGGACACAUCACGAACCAUGAUGCAUGUCCAAAGCUACUGAACGAGCUGGUGUCGGCUUUAGAGAUCUCUUUCCUCCGAUUUCAGCCAUUAGAUGAGGAAGUUUGGAAAGAGAUAGGAACUGAGGACAAUGGAAUGGCGGAAGAAUGUGCAUUGAGCGAUGUUGAGAUCGAGAGAGCGGACCAAGUCCAGGAGUCAUUCUUGUCAGAUUUCAAAGAAGGGGACUUCGGAAAGAGGGUUUGCCAACUCAUCUCGCAGCAUGUCGGAAAGGUAGCCUUGAAUGCAUACACGAGGAUCAUGGCCAAGAAGGUGCCAUCUGCCUUGGAGAACAGCGUGGCUCUGGCUUCGUCAAGACUGACGUCACUUGCAAUUCCGGACUUUUGA